CACUACGUGCAUGUUGUGUGUGUCUGUUCGCCUUCAAAUUUUUAACGUUGUUGGAAAGAUCAUGACGAACCUAAACGAAAUUCAAGAAAAAGAAUUGUUUAAUGCUAACUUUCAAUAUGGUCGUUGGUUGUCCUCACCUCCGACCGGUGAAGAAGUGGUCAUAUCUGGCAUAUCUGGUCGUUUCCCAGAAUGUGAUAAUGUCUACGAGUUUCGUGAUAAUCUGUUUAACAAAAAGGAGAUGUUUACUGAAAAUGAGAAAAGAUGGAAAAUCAAUCAUCCAGAUGUACCGAAACGAAGUGCUCACAUCAAUAAUAUUGACAAACUGGAUGCUGGGUAUUUUGGGCUACAUUAUCGUCAAGCUGAUAAUUUAGACCCUUCCAUGAAAGUUUUGAUGGAAACGGUAAUGGAAUCUAUAAUGGAUGCUGCAGUAAAUCCGUUAGAGCUUCAAGGAAGCAAAACUGGCGUGUUCAUCGCUUUUUGUUGUUCAGAUUUGGAAAAUCUUACUAUCAUGGGUAUGACGGAACCUCAAAAAUUUACCGUUACCGGCUAUUUUAAAUCUUUGUUGGCUCAUCGCCUCAGCUAUUAUUUGAAACUAAAGGGACCGUCAUUCACAGCUGACUCUGCUUGUAGUAGUUCUGGGAAUACUCUCCAUGCAGCGUUUAAAUCCAUGAGAAGUGGUCAAUGUGAAAAUGCAAUAGUCGCUAGCUGUAAUUUAACCAUCCAUCCUGGAGGCACAAUUCAAUUUUUUCGCUUAGGAGUUUUAAGUCCGGACGGAAUACCAAAAAUAUUCGAUCAGGACGCAAACGGUUACGUUAGAAGUGAGGCUUGCGCUUGUAUUUUGCUCCAAAAGUCUAAAAAUGCGAAACGAAUUUACGCACAAGUUAUUAAUACCAAAGUGAACUGCGACGGUUUUAAAAAGGAAGGAAUAACAUAUCCUUCAUCGCAAAUACAAGAAAAGCUUAUGACUGAAAUAUAUAAAGAAAGUGGCAUUAAACUUUCAGAAGUGAGCUACGUCGAAGCACAUGGUACUGGCACUCAAGCUGGUGAUCCUGAAGAAGUUAAUGCUAUAGACAGGGCUCUGGCCAAAAAUUGUGAAAAGCAGCUUCUCGUGGGUUCAGUAAAGUCAAAUAUCGGUCAUACAGAGCCUGUUUCUGGUCUGUGUUCAAUCGUAAAAGUGUUGAUUGCAAUGGAAACCGGAUUUAUACCACCUAACAUCAACUUGAAAAGAGUUCGAAAAGGACUGGAAGGAAUUGAACAAAAUAGAAUGAAAAUUGUGACAGAAGCCACAGAGCUUUUAAAAAAUGAUGCAAUUGUAGGUGUUAACAACUUUGGUUUCGGAGGUAACAACUGUCACGUAAUACUAAAAAGGUUUAAAAAACAGAAAAUCGAUGGUGGAUUGCCAAAAGAUGACGUUCCUAGAUUAAUUUGUGUUAGUGGUCGCACUAAUGAAGCAGUUUUAAAAAUUUUAGAAGACGUUAGUAACAAAAGCUUGGAUGAAGAAUACGUGGGUCUUCUCCAUCAGUUAUAUAAAAUUAAUAACCCAAGUCAUUUAUAUCGAGGAUAUGCUGUAGUUUCCAAACGUGGAGUUGUAUCGAUGUCAUCCAAACUAUUGCCUUCCCACAGACCACAUUUCUAUGUAUUUUUUGGACAAUUCGUCAAUAAUUUUCGCAUACUGGCGUCUUACUUAAAGAAGUUUUCGAUCUUCGAAUACGUCGAAACAAGGGUUAAUCAAAUUUUGGUACUCAACAAAGUAAAAACGUUUCAAGAAAUUUUACAAACAAAGACAAACGUUGAUGAAGACGCAUUAGGGUCAAUAUGUUUGCAGUUAAUAUUGGUUGAUAUUAUCAAAGAGUUGAAAUUGUUUCCUACUGGCGUUUUCGGUGACGCUUCCGGGAAAAUCGUUGCUGCUUACUAUUACAACGUUAUUCAACUGAAAGAGGCUGUGUCAACAGCGGUAAAACUUGGUAAAGUAAAUUCCGAUAUUAAUUUAAAUUUCCAAACACUAUCAAACUUGAUGAAUUCAAAAGAUAAAAACAUAUUAAACGAGGAUUAUUCAGCAUUCCUAAAUUCUAUGAAAGUAUCGAAAGGCACAACAAUACUUAAUAUAUCCGAUCUACGACUGAAUGAUGAAGAUAACUUAGUGGUAGAAAAUGAUGGCUUGAACUUACUGUGUCUGUUAGGAAGAUUAUAUACAGAAGGUUAUCAUUUUCAAGUUCAUAAACUGUAUCCUCAAGUAGAAUUCCCUGUAAGUAGAAGCACCUCCAUGAUUUCACCUUCUAUUCGAUGGAAUCACGAAAAAUCAUGGUAUACCUAUAAAUUUAGUGAAUUUACAUCAUCGGACGCGGACCAGAGAGAAUACAGAAUUUCAUACUUACACGAGGAACAACAGUUUAUGAAAGGCCAUUGCAUCGAUGGGCGCAACCUUUUCCCUGCUACCGAAUAUUUAAAUUUAGUUUGGCAAACUUAUGCACAGAGUCGACGAUUAUUAACCACCGAUAUUCCGGUAUUAUUUGAAAACUGUAAAUUUAUCAGAGCUGUUACAAUUCCUAAUAGUGGUUACGUGAAACUGCUUGUAACGAUUCAAAGGGGCACAGGCAAUUUUGAAAUUCUAGAGAAAGAUUCGUUAAUAGUUAGUGGUCGUCUCCAAAUUUGCCCAAAUGCAAGCCAGCAGCAAAUUAUGUUACCAGAGUUUAAUUCGUUCAGUGACGAUAAAUUGGAAAUCUUGGAACAAGACGAUAUUUAUCGAGAAUUUUACCUAAGGGGUUACAAUUACAGUGGUUUAUUCAAAUCAAUUAAACGAUGCACUGUAGACGCUUCUGUUGGUUUGAUUAAAUGGGAGAACAACUGGUGUGCUUUUAUGGAUAAUAUGCUUCAAAUGAAAAUUCUUCAGUCUGACACAAGGUUGCUUUUCGUUCCUAUUGCCAUUAAGAAAAUAAUUAUAGACCCCUUAAAACACAUGGAUAUUGUGAACAAACAGGAUUCAGAAGAAUGUCUUCUACCUGUCUAUGGGAAUAAGAAUUGCAACUUGAUCCAGUCCGGUGGAAUUGAAAUACAUGGAGUCCAAGUAAAAUCUAUUUUCAAGAAAAAACCACCACUGGACCCAGUUUUAGAAAAGAACGUGUUUAUUCCAAAUAAUUUAUCGUUAGAAUUAGAAGAAGCCGUGAGAGUCAAUACGCAAAUUAUCUUAGAAAAUAGUUUAGAGAGCAAUUUCAAAGCUGUGGAAAUCGUCAACGAAUUCACGGAUAUAAAUGCUGAACACAUCUUAGGUUUUGUCGAUAAAGCAUUAGAACACAUUCCUGUAGUAACACCUGAUCUAACCAUUUCGUCAGAAACAACCAUAGAUGAGACAUCUGGAAUAAAAUUGGAAACUGUUACGUUAACUCCUCAAAGUAACAUACUUUUAUAUAUUGGCAGUAAAAUUCUAGAACAAUCAAAUACUUUAAGACAAAUUUUUGCGCCUGUUAGCAGAAACGGAUUUAUCCUAACGCGGGAAGAUAUCGGUUUCAAUUUGGAAAAAGAUAUUCCUGAAGCAGAUAUUCUAACUGACUAUGUAACACCAAUCGAAAGACUCAUUUUAUUGCGAAGAAAAAUGGAAAAUGUCAAUCAGAAGUUUAUCGAAAUAUCUUCUAGUAAUUUCAACUGGAUUUCAGAGGUACAAAACGCAUUAAAUGUCGGACGAGAUGUUAUAGUGUAUGCGACUAACACAAAUCCCGAAGGAAUAUUAGGUUUGAUAAAUUGCAUCAGGCGAGAAACCAAUGGAAACUUAGUCAAGUGUUUCUUCAUGAUGGACGAUGCUCCGGAAUUUGAUCCCCAACAUCCGUUCUAUAGUAAACAAAUUAGUAAAAAUUUGGCUGUAAACGUAUAUAAGGACAAAUCGUGGGGAACAUAUCGACAUUUGGUUUUGGAAGAGAGGGCGAAGAUUAACUGUGAACAUUCUUAUGCAUAUUUUAAAAGUAGAGGGGACAUAUCCAGUUUCGAAUGGUUGGAGGGACAUUUAUCUGAACAAGUACCACUAAAAGAAGGACAACUUUUGGUUUCAACAUAUUAUUCGUCAGUUAACUUUAAAGAUAUUAUGGCCGCUUCUGGACGUGUAAAUCCCGAAAUAUUACAACCUCAUCGACUGGAGCAAGAAUUUCUAAUAGGGUUUGAAUUUUCAGGAAAAGAUUUAAGUGGUCGUAGAAUAGCUGGAAUGACUAACGAUCAAGGUAUUUCGUCCUAUGUUACUUUCGACUCUUCCUUAGUUUGGAAAAUACCAGACUCAUGGACACUUGAAGAUGCAGCAACGGUUCCUGUUGUCUAUUCCACUGUUAUUUAUGCUCUUUUAAUGGUUGGCGAUAUGAAACCAAAUUCCUCAGUUCUUAUUCACUCCGCCACUGGUGGUAUUGGACUAGCUGCCUUGAACAUCUGCCUUCACUACAAAUGUGAAAUUUAUGUAACCGUAGGCACUCAAGAAAAACGAGCUUAUUUAAGAGAAAAUUAUCCACAAAUCCCGGACAACCAUAUCGGGAAUUCACGAGACACCUCAUUUGAACAAAUGAUUAAAAGAAAAACCCGGAAUAAAGGGGUUGACAUCAUUUUGAACUCCCUAAGUGAGGAUAAAUUGCAGGCUUCGAUUAGGUGUUUAGCACGAGGAGGAAAGUUUAUGGAAAUUGGCAAAUACGAUUUGGCGAAUGACAGUUCUUUAAAUCUUUUGUUCAUGGAAAAAGAAGCCAGCUAUCAUGGCAUAUUGUUAGAUGUGGUAUUUAGAAACUUUAAAGAAAUGAAGCCCAAGCUGGUCAAACGUUUAACGGAGGGAAUUGAAGCAGGUUUUGUAAAACCACUUCCCAGGAUUGUGUUCAGGGCAGAUGAAGUUGAAAAAUCUUACAGAUACAUGAUGACAGGUAAACAUAUUGGGAGGAUAUUGAUCAAGCUGCGGAAUGAAGAAGAACAGAGUGUCAGUAAAUUCCAGAUAAUGUCAAAUCCACGUUUCCACUGUGACGUGCGUUACACCUACGUCGUUAUUGGAGGACUAGGCGGAGUUGGUUUAGAAUUAAGCGACUGGUUGAUUGUGAGAGGUGCAAGAAAACUAGUACUAACUUCGAGAUCGGGUAUACAAAAUGGUCACCAUCAGCAAAGAAUAAAAAUUUGGACAACCUACGGUGUCGAAGUUAAAAUUUCUAUAAAAGACGUAACGACUGAGCAAGGAUGUGAAGAUUUAAUUAAAGAAGCGACUACCCUUGGACCUGUCGAUGCUAUUUUUAACUUAGCUGUUGUCCUUAAAGACACACUCUUUGAAAAUCAAACUCAUGCAAAUUUCGAAGCUUCCUUGGCACCUAAAGCACGCGCUACCCUAUAUUUGGAUCGAGUCACUAGAAAAUUGUGUCCAAAACUAAGGCACUUUGUUGUAUUUUCGUCAGUAUCAUGUGGUCGUGGGAAUCCGGGCCAGAGCAACUACGGUAUGGCAAACUCUGUUAUGGAAAGAAUAUGUGAAAAUCGAAAGCGAGGAGGACUACCAGCCGUAGCUAUCCAAUGGGGCGCAAUCGGUGAAGUUGGUUUGGUGGCGAAAAUGCAGAAGGAGAAUAAAGAGUUAGUAAUUGGUGGUACUCUUCAACAAAAAAUUUCAAGUUGUCUGGAGGUAUUAGAUGUGUUAUUGAAACACGAAUAUCCCGUUGUUUCUAGUAUGGUGGUUGCUAAAAAACACGAUAAAAGUGGCAUUGUUAGUGCAGUAGAAGCGGUUGCGCAUGUUUUAGGAAUAAAAGAUAUGAAAACUAUAAGCCAGUAUACGACAUUUGCAGAACUCGGUAUGGAUUCACUAAUGGGUACUGAGAUUAUACAACUUUUAGAGAAAGAUUUUGGAAUCUACGUAACAUCCAAAGAUGUGAGAAGUUUAACAUUUGCAAAACUGACUGAAAUGGAGGCAGAGAAAACGAAAGCGUCUGAAGAAGUUGUAAACAAAAAAAUAGAAGAAGGCACAAGUUUGAUUAUUCAGUGUAUCCCCAAUAACGAAAAUACUCAUCUGCCUGUUGUUAAAUUAAAUAGUAGAGUGGAACCAGAUGUGGAAGCUCCAACCGUAUUACUGUUACCAGGAGUAGAAGGCAUCUUCCAACCGCUAGAAUUUUUGACGACUUCAUUGAAAGCACACGUAAUAGGAGUACAGUACAAUUAUAAACAUUCAGAGAACUCUAUUGAAGAACUUGCACGGAAUACACUGCCACACAUCGAACAUUAUUUAACUAGAAACACUUCCUUUUACAUUAUUGGAUAUUCAUUUGGAACUCUAGUCGCUCUAGAAAUGAUCAGUUUGCUAGAAAAAAAGGGCUAUACCGGUAUUCUGAUUUUAAUCGACGGCUCACCAGCUUAUUUAGCUUCUUUUUUAAAAAAACAGUUCGCUCAUGAAACGGAAGCUCAAUUCCAAACUGCUAUUUUAAGAAAAAUUUCUGCUUUCGUGAUUCCGUUGGAUGUUUUUUUUCAGAAUGAGGAAACUUUACUGAAAUGUAAAGAUUUUGAAGAAAGAAUCAAUUUGCUUUUGGCGUUGAUACCCCCCGAAACAAGUAACAAACAAAAGUUAGAAAAGCAGGCAGGUGUUGCACUAUACCACCGGUGCAAAUCUAUGCUUAACUACACGUUCAAAAAUGAGAAAAUUAAAUGGUCAGUGCACCUCUUCAAGGCAAAAUAUUCCAUGGUUGACGAAGAGGAUGAUUAUCAAUUGUCAAAAAUAAGCGAAAAACUAGCGCAAGUAACUGCGAUAGAUGGUGACCAUGUAACAAUUUUGAAGAACCCAGAUCUUGUGCAAGGUGUUAAUGAAAUCGUAGCCCUGAAAUCAUAACUUGAAAUAAAAUAGUCACUUCUU